CACUUCCGGGCUCAUAUAGUAAAGCACAAUAUGAGAGGAUAGAUGAGCUCACCUGCAGAGCGGGAACGCUGCGAGGCUGGAAGCGUAUAUAACCUGGAUAACUUGACCUUUUCACAGAGGCAGAGAGGAGUUGGACUCGUAAACCAGGUUUCGUAGUGAUAUUUCAGGAAGAUCCGGACUCAGCCUGUUAUUCAGGAAACCACUAGGGGGCUGGACUUGUUUCUUGUGGUUGGCGUAGUCAGACACAGGCGUAGGACCAGAGGCCAUUUUUAUUACCAGGGAGUCCAAGCAAGGACAAGUGUGGAGUCAAGACCUCUGAGAAACACAGAAGGAAAAAGGAGUGGGAGACUGAAGAAAAGAGGGACAGACUUCAACCACAGGAGCAGAAACUCUUGUCUUCCUCCACACUCUCUCCACACAACUCUUCAUCUACUUCACAGCUUUACCAGGAUGAAGCUGAAGGAGGAUCUGAACGUCAUGCUGCUGCUCCUCUUCCACCUCAUGGUGUGGAUCUACACCUUCAUCACCUUCCUGCCCUCCUACAUCGUCUGUUGGGUCUCCCCACCUCACGGGUUCUACUACGGUUCCGAGGAGGAGCGCGCCAAGAGAGCGAAGGCCCGCUCGGUGCAGGGACGUCCCGAGGGACCCUACAGGGCGGUGAGCUCCACCAAGAAGCUGGUGACAUCGCUGCACCCGGGAGUGGACACACUGGAUAAGAUGUUUGAGUACGCAGCCAAGAGGUUCCCAAAAAGAGACUGUCUUGGAACAAGGGAGGUGAUCAGCGAGGAGGAUGAGCAACAGAGCAACGGGAAGGUGUUCAAGAAGGUGGUUCUGGGUGAGUACCACUGGCUGGCUUAUGAGGAGACCCUCUCUGCAGCGUCCCAGCUGGGCAGCGGUCUGGCAUCACUGGGGCAGAGACCGAAGAACAACAUCGCCAUCUUCUGUGAGACGCGAGCUGAGUGGAUCAUCGCUGCCCAGGCCUGCUUCAUGUACAACUUCCCAUUGGUCACCCUCUACUCCACACUGGGGGGUCCAGCCAUUGUUCAUGGUCUGAAUGAGGCUCAGGUUACCCACAUCAUCACCAGCAGAGAGCUCCUGGAGACCAAACUCAAGCCUAUCCUAAUUGAAGUUCCGAGGCUGCAGCAUAUCAUAGUCGUGGACAGCACACCAACCUCAUGGCCCGGAUAUCCACGUGGCAUCAGUGUGCACAACAUGGCUGCUGUCCAGAAGCUGGGACUCAAGCCAGAGAAUGCAGCACGUGAGCGUAAACAGCCGCUGCCUUCAGACAUCGCGGUCAUCAUGUACACCAGCGGAUCAACAGGUGUUCCGAAGGGCGUCAUGAUCUCCCAUAGCAACAUUAUCGCCGGCAUUACUGGAAUGGCUGAGCGGAUACCCAACCUGUGUGAGGAGGACACCUACAUUGGCUACCUGCCUCUGGCCCACGUACUGGAGCUGAGCGCAGAGCUUGUAUGUGUUGCUCAUGGCUGCAGAAUCGGUUAUUCCUCACCUCAGACUCUGGCUGACCAGUCAACCAAGAUCAAAAAGGGAAGCAAGGGAGACACCAGCCUCCUGCAGCCCACUCUGAUGGCAGCUGUGCCGGAGAUCAUGGAUCGUAUCUAUAAGAACGUGAUGACAAAAGUCGAGGAGAUGAACUGUGUCCAGCGAACACUCUUCAUUCUGGCAUACAACUACAAACUGGAUCAGCUUGCCAAAGGAUACAGCACACCUCUAUGUGACAAGUUUGUCUUCAGGAAAGUUCGGUCUCUCCUCGGCGGUCAGAUGAGGGUCUUGUUAUCAGGUGGAGCGCCGCUGUCCGCUGCCACGCAACGCUUCAUGAACGUGUGUUUCUGUUGCCCAGUGGGUCAGGGAUACGGCCUGACGGAGACCUGCGGCGCUGGAACAAUUAGCGAGCUAUGGGAUUACAGCACUGGGAGAGUGGGAGGGCCGCUGGUUUGCUGUGAGAUCAAGCUCAAGGACUGGGUGGAGGGCGGUUACCGUAGCACAGACGAGCCGCAUCCCAGAGGAGAGAUUCUCAUUGGUGGACCCAACAUCACCAUGGGAUACUACAAGAACGAGGCUAAAAACCAAGAGGAUUUCUUUGUGGAUGAGAAAGGCCAGCGGUGGUUCUGCACGGGAGACAUCGGGGAGUUUCACGAGGACGGGUGCCUCAAGAUAAUUGAUCGUAAGAAAGACUUGGUGAAGCUGCAGGCGGGAGAGUAUGUCUCCCUGGGAAAGGUGGAGGCCAUGUUGAAGAACUGCCCACUGAUUGACAACAUCUGCGCCUAUGCCAACAGUGAUGAGACAUACGUUAUAGGCUUCGUGGUACCCAAUCAGAAGCACUUCCUGGCCCUGGCUAACCAGUACGGUGUCCGAGGCGUAUUUGAGGAGCUGUGCAACAGUAAGGCCAUGGAGGAGCUGGCCCUCAAAGUCAUCACCGAGGCUGCUCUAACAGCCCAGCUGGAGAGGUUUGAGAUCCCUCGCAAGAUCCGCCUGAGUCCAGACCCGUGGACCCCCGAGACAGGAUUAGUGACUGAUGCGUUCAAGCUCAAACGUAAAGAGCUGAAAACACAUUACCAGAGCGACAUAGAGAGAAUGUACGGUGGGAAAUGAUGACCAAGACCAGCACAGCAUUGUUCAUUCUCAAAGCACAGACCAGACCAACAGUUGACUCUGAAACACUCCCAAUAAACCCCCCCCCCUUUUUUCUUCUACCCCAUCAACAGAAAAGCAGGGUUGCAAUUUCCCUCUUUAUUGUGCACAUAUUAACAGAUUCCACCACGGAAACAGCUUUGACUUGAAUUUGUAACCACAGACAAGCCAAAAAAAAAAAAAAAAAAAAAACGUAAAUGGAGAAAUAUUGAAGAAGAACACAAAAGAUCCCUGUUUGUUGCUGCCUUUUACAUUUUUUGUCUAGUUGCGUGGCCUCUUUAUUGAAGUCUUUAUUGUUCCAGAUGUGAGUUAUGAAACAGAUAGUGUGAUAGCUGAUGUUGUCUGUUGAACUCUUGCCUGAGCGCCGCAGCAGAAGCUCAGGUCAGGCAGACGGGUUCGUAGCCUCGUUGCUUCGUGCUCAUCCGCAAAAACUCCACAAUUACCACGUUCCUCCUUAAAUCUUCUCUUAAGUUGUCUUUCCUGCAGGUCAGGAGACAGUUAGCUUCUUUUUUUCUCUCUCUCUCUCUCUCUCUCUGUGUUCUCUUCACAUGUUUUGAGUUCUGUGAAUGGUUUAUUUUAUUUCCCACCCACAGUCCGACUCCGACUCCCAGGCUCGUGGGACGUCUCUCGCACCAGCACAUCUUGUUUCCAAAAGCACAAAGUCAUUCCAGGGCAAAAAACGCGACUAGCUGGUUGGUGAGAAUGCUGAGCUCAUAUCUGGUCUAAUAACUUUUUAUCUUUACAUUAUCAACAGUCAGACGGUUGCUCCUUUUCUUUUUCUUUUUUUUUUUUAGGAUAAUACACCAACCAAACUUAUUUAAAAGAUUUUUAAAAAAAACAAAGAUGCAUUGUUGUUUAGUCUUUUGAAAUUUUCAUACAGUGAUAGAAUCUACUUUUGUUAAUGCUGCACAGACCAUAGUGUGCACCAAAAGGCACAUUCACUUGCUUGUAUUACAAUACUGAUGAAAUGACUGUGUAAUCAUUGUCAUGUUUGAUAAAUCAUAGUGCAAUAUGAAAUCCUGUCCAAAUAAGGCAGUUGAUUACAGACAGGAUUUAAAUAAAGCUUUUUCAAUGUGCGUAGGUGCACCGGUUGAAGAAUUGGCAGACUUUGCAAGUGUGUGUGUGUGUCUGUGUGUCUGUGUGUGUAUGUGGUUAAAAUGAAUUUUGCAGGACCGUCAUCACCAGUGUAAUGCCUUUCUCGCAUAUUUCUUUGUCAUCUUGUACGAGUAUGACCGAGUGUGAGACUCAUCCACGUCCGUACGCAGCACAGGCACGCUCCCAGCAUCCCUCACAAUGUGACACUUGCUGCCUUUUCUUGUGAUUCUGAGUCACGCCUUUCUAAUCUCUGGCUGAUUUGACUUUGACUUGUACAUACAUGUGCGUGGAGCUGCCAUCAGCACAUGAAGCAAAAUGUAAAAAAGAAUUUAUUUUAAAGAUAUUUAACUGUAUCUGUUAUCAUAGACCAGUUCUCUGGAGACCCUGCCUUGUAUAUCCGACUAUUUAUUUGUAAUUUGCUUUUGGAAAAUACUCAAAUGAAGUAAAUAAAGAUUAUGUUUGGU